AUGUUUCGACAAAGUGUACGCCGGUUUGGCACAACUGCCCUCCGCGCCGUGGAGGCAUCGACGGUUUACCAUGAGCGGGUAUCCAGAACUCAGGGCGUCGUGAACGGGUUGACGGAAGCUAUUGGAAACACCCCUCUCAUCCGAUUGAAGAGACUUUCUGAGGAAACCGGACGCAAUAUCUUCGGCAAAGCUGAGUUCCAGAACCCAGGCGGCAGCGUCAAGGAUCGGGCGGCGCUAUUCGUCGUCAAGCACGCCGAAGAGAAGGGUCUAUUGAAAGCAGGCGGUACAGUCGUUGAGGGGACAGCUGGCAACACCGGCAUUGGUUUGGCGCAUGUCUGCCGAUCCAAAGGCUACAAGCUUGUCAUAUACAUGCCGAACACUCAGUCGCAGGGUAAGAUUGACCUGCUGCGUCUUCUGGGUGCCGAGGUCUAUCCUGUGCCCGCUGUUGCGUUUGACAAUCCUCAGAAUUAUAACCACCAGGCGCGCAGACAUGCGGAGUCGCUGGAAAAUGCCGUAUGGACGAACCAGUUCGACAACACCGCCAACCGCCAAGCCCAUAUUGAGACGACUGGACCCGAGAUCUGGGCUCAAACGGAUGGAAAGGUCGAUGCGUUCACAUGCGCUACUGGAACAGGAGGCACUCUGGCUGGUAUCACGCGAUACCUCAAGACCGCCAGCGAUGGCCGCGUGAAGUGCUUCCUUGCCGAUCCUCCAGGCAGUGUUCUCCACAGCUACAUCCAGAGCGGCGGAAACCUGAUCGAGCGCAGUGGAAGCAGUAUCACAGAGGGAAUCGGUCAGGGUCGUGUCACCGACAACCUGCAGCCCGACAUCGAUCUGCUCGACGGAUCGCUAACCAUCAGCGAUGAAAAGUCCAUUGAGAUGGUUUACCGCUGUCUUGAUGAGGAGGGCCUCUACCUGGGCGCUAGCUCCGCGCUCAACGUUGUCGCUGCCAAGGAGGUCGCCGAGAAGCUCCCCAAAGGUAGCAAUGUGGUGACCAUUCUGUGCGAUGGUGCCUACCGGUAUGCUGACCGGCUUUUCUCCAACACCUGGCUUCAGAGCAAGGGCCUCAGAAGCUCGAUUCCCAAGCACCUGGAGAAAUACAUUGUGUUGCCAUGA